AAGAUGGUACUGAAUAAUUUCGGCCACGUACGCUCUCCGAGCCCCCAGUUCUUCUCCUCGCUCUAUAUAUAUCAAUCAAAAGCUCUCCAAGAAAGGCUAGCAAAGAGCUUCGGAUAUACUCUCUCUCUCUCUCUCUCUCUCUCUCUCAUGGGUCUUCUUCAAUCUCGGUUUGGUGAUCUCAGGAAGAAGAAGGUGGAGGAGGAGGACGAGGAGGGUCCUUCUCCCUCUAGCCCGGCUGCCACGCCUCCGGUCGAAGACGAGCUCGAGCGGGUCUUUCGCUUGUACGACACGAACGGGGACGGGAAGAUAUCGGCGGCGGAGCUGCGGGACAUGAUGGCAAAACUCGGGCGUCCCCCGGCGGACGAUCAUGAACUGGAGAUGAUGAUGAAGGAAGCUGAUGCAGACGGGGAUGGCUUCAUCAACCUUGCGGAGUUCAAGGAUAUUAAUCGAGCUGGGGAGGGAGUUCAGGAGGCAGAUCUAAGGGAGGCCUUUGCGGUGUUCGACGAGGACCAUGAUGGAAAGAUCUCGGCGAGUGAGUUGCGGGGCGUGUUGAAGGGGCUGGGAGAGGAGGUGACAACCGCGCAAUGUCGGAAGAUGAUAAGAGGAGUGGAUCGGGAUGGGGACGGGAUGGUGAGCUUUCAAGAAUUCAAGGUUAUGAUGACAGGUGGUGGUCGUCCUCUCAACAUAUAGAGCUUUUCUCUUAUUCUUCUUUUCUCUCUCUCCUUCAGCCAAAGUUAUUCGAGUUGAAGAAGAGCGAGUGAACUGGAACUCUGUGAUUGGAUUAUAGUUGUUAGUUAUUUUUUUGACUGUGAUUGAAAGAAUAAUUUAUCUAGUCAUUUUUUAAGUUGCUGCUUU